GGAGACCGGGAUGUUCUUCCCAGCCAAUUCUGACAGGAGGACAUGAUAAUGAGGGCAGCAGAGGCUGGUCACAGCGUCUGGGGAUGCCUGACAGUGACAGACAGGAAUAUAAGCACUCAGUGCUGAGUGGCCAGAACUUAACAUUGCUGAAAGACUACCACCAUGUUGGAGAAACUGGUCUUCCUGCUGCUGGCAGCUCACGCAAAUGGCUGUGGUACUCCAGCCAUACAGCCCAACACCAACAGGAUAGUUAACGGUGAAGAGGCUCGAGCUCACAGCUGGCCUUGGCAGAUUUCAAUGCAGGUGAAGCACGGUAGCCGUUGGCACCACACUUGUGGAGGAACUCUGAUAGGUUCCCGGUGGGUCCUGACCGCCGGCCACUGCAUAUGGCCUGGAGAUGUAUAUCGUGUGGUGAUGGGAGAGCAUGACCAGAGUGUACAGGAGGGAACUGAGCAGAUUAGAGAUGUUCUGCGCAUCCUGGUUCACCCCGACUGGAACAUCAACAUGGUUGCCGCUGGAAAUGACCUGGCCCUGCUGAAACUGGACAAGGCUCCCAUCAUGAAUGAGAACGUUGCCCAGGCUUGUCUUCCUGAGGCAGGAGAGAUCCCUGCUCACGGAGACGCCUGUUUCAUCUCUGGCUGGGGAAACCUCUACACCCAUGGUCCCAUGCCUGAUAAGCUGCACCAAGCCCUGCUGCCUGUGGUGGGUAACAGCGUCUGCAGACAGAGUGACUGGUGGGGAAUGGUGGUGAAGGAGACCAUGGUCUGUGCUGGUGGGGGAGAGGUUUCAGGCUGCAACGGGGAUUCUGGGGGUCCUCUGAUAUGUAAGGGCUCUGACGGUAGGUGGUACGUCCAGGGGGUGACUAGCUUUGUGUCCUCGCGUGUCUGUAAUGAAGUGAAGAAGCCAACCGUCUUCACCCGAGUCUCAGCCUUCACCGACUGGAUCAGCAGUGUAAGUACAGUAACACCAAUCAACCACUUUGUUCAGAUCUAAUUUACGUACAGUAACACCAAUCAACCACUUUGUCCAGAUCUAAUUUACGUACAGUAACACCACUCAAACACUUUGUUCAGAUCUAAUUUAUGUACAGUAACACCAAUCAACCACUUUGUCCAGAUCUAAUUUACGUACAGUAACACCACUCAACCACUUUGUCCAGAUCUAAUUUACGUACAGUAACACCACUCAAACACUUUGUUCAGAUCUAAUUUAUGUACAGUAACACCAAUCAACCACUCUGUUCAGAUCUAAUUUACGUACAGUAACACCAAUCAACCACUUUGUUCAGAUCUAAUUUACGUACAGUAACACCACUCAACCACUCUGUUCAGAUCUAAUUUACGUACAGUAACACCAAUCAACCACUUUGUUCAGAUCUAAUUUACGUACAGUAACACCAAUCAACCACUUUGUCCAGAUCUAAUUUACGUACAGUAACACCACUCAAACACUUUGUUCAGAUCUAAUUUAUGUACAGUAACACCAAUCAACCACUUUGUCCAGAUCUAAUUUACGUACAGUAACACCACUCAACCACUUUGUCCAGAUCUAAUUUACGUACAGUAACACCACUCAAACACUUUGUUCAGAUCUAAUUCAUGUACAGUAACACCAAUCAACCACUUUGUCCAGAUCUAAUUUACGUACAGUAACACCACUCAACCACUUUGUCCAGAUCUAAUUUACGUACAGUAACACCACUCAAACACUUUGUUCAGAUCUAAUUUACGUACAGUAACACCACUCAAACACUUUGUUCAGAUCUAAUUUAUGUACAGUAACACCAAUCAACCACUUUGUCCAGAUCUAAUUUACGUACAGUAACACCACUCAACCACUUUGUCCAGAUCUAAUUUACGUACAGUAACACCACUCAAACACUUUGUUCAGAUCUAAUUUAUGUACAGUAACACCAAUCAACCACUUUGUCCAGAUCUAAUUUACGUACAGUAACACCAAUCAACCACUUUGUCCAGAUCUAAUUUACGUACAGUAACACCACUCAAACACUUUGUUCAGAUCUAAUUUACGUACAGUAACACCACUCAACCACUUUGUCCAGAUCUAAUUUACGUACAGUAACACCACUCAACCACUUUGUUCAGAUCUAAUUUACAUACAGUAACACCACUCAACCACUUUGUCCAGAUCUAAUUUACGUACUGUAACACCACUCAACCACUUUGUCCAGAUCUAAUUUACUAACAGUAACACCACUCAACCACUCUGUUCAGAUCUAAUUUACAUACAGUAACACCACUCAACCACUCUGUUCAGAUCUAAUUUACAUACAGUAACACCAAUCAACCACUUUGUCCAGAUCUAAUUUACAUACAGUAACACCACUCAACCACUUUGUUCAGAUCUAAUUUACGUACAGUAACACCACUCAACCACUUUGUUCAGAUCUAAUUUACGUACAGUAACACCACUCAACCACUUUGUUCAGAUCUAAUUUACUUACAGUAACACCACUCCACCACUUUGUCCAGAUGUAACUAACACAACUCAAAAAUAGUGUUCAAAUCUAAUGUAAUUACAGUAACACCACAAUGUUUAGAUCUAAGUAACCCACAGCAAUUUGUAACACAUUAUUUAUUAUUUAACUUAUUUCUCUCCUCAGACCAUAAUUAACUCCUAAGGAUCCGAAUACUGUAUCUCAAAGCUGAUAGUGGA